CGAAAAUAUAUGUUAAAUGUUAUUCGCAUUUAACAUGUGUUCUGAACCACUCUCUUUCUUUAUUGCCACUUCCAUUAUGCAGGAACUCUCCAUCGCCCCUUUCCCAGUUCUUCUUAGAUGCCUCCUUCUACUUCUCUUUAAUCCCCUCUCACACAUGGAAGUUUCUUUGAAGAAAGCUUUGAACUUUGAGCUUUAGGGGCUUUCAUAGUUGCUUUUCUUGUACAUAAUCCCCUAUUAUUCUUUGGUUCUUCAAAUCUCCCUUUUCCACAUCAUGAAUUCAUCCAUGGGCGUUAGACAUCAUCUUUGGAAAGCUGAUCACAAGGGUGUGUGGAAUUAGGGUAUCUAGGAUACAUGGCGAUGAAUCAACUAAAGAGAUUGUUAGUGGUGUUGGUUUUCUUUAACGGAUGUUUCAUCGAGGCACAAACCUCCCAAGCUCGGGGAUCGAAUAAGCCUAUGAAAACUAGUGUUCAGUCAAGACCAUAUGUUGUAAACAUCGGGUCAAUUUUGACUUUCGAUUCGAUGAUAGGCAAAGUAGCAAAAACUGCAUUAGAAGCUGCAGUAGAAGAUGUGAAUUCUGAUCCAACGGUUCUUAAUGGAACCAAGUUGAAACUAACCAUUCAUGAUUCCAAUUUCAGUGGCUUUUUGAGUAUUAUGGAGGCGUUACAAUUCAUGGAAAACGAAAGCGUCGCAUUAAUAGGUCCUGAAUCUUCAGUCUUAGCUCAUAUGAUCUCCCAUGUCGUCUCCGAGCUUCAAGUCCCUCUGCUGUCCUUCACAGCCACCGACCCGACAUUAUCUUCGCUCGAAUACCCGUUCUUUAUCCGAACAACGAACAGCGAUCUUUUCCAAAUGGCUGCAAUUGCUGACAUAAUCGACUACUACGAAUGGCGUCAAAUCGUUGUUAUUUAUAUCGAUGAUGAUCAUGGGAGAAAUGGAAUAACUUCAUUAGCCGAUCAAUUAGCAGUUGUUGAUGAACGUCCGUAUAUUGAACUUUUCCUUUCUACCCGUUGUCAAUUCAGUAUUGUUGGUCAAGAAUUCACCAAAAAUGGAUGGGGAUUUGCCUUCCCACGGGACUCUGAACUUGCGGUUGAUAUAUCAACAGCCAUCCUUAAACUAUCAGAAAAUGGAGAGUUAGAAAGGAUCCAUGACAAAUGGCUAUUAAGAAGUGCUUGUAGUUCACAAGGGUCAAAGUAUUCAGUUGACCAGCUUGAAGUAAAGAGCUUCAAAGGCCUAUUCUUUAUUAUUGGAUUAGCUUGUUUACUUGCUCUUUUUAUAUACUUUGUACUCAUCAUACACCAAUACACUAAACACAAACCCGACCCGUCCGAGUCAACCGGGAGUAGCCUCCGAUCGGGACGCCUUCAAACUUUCAUUUCAUUUGUUGAUGAAAAGGAAGAGUCGGUCAAAGCCCGGUCAAUGAAAAGGGUCAAAGAGGCGAGUUCGUGUAGGAGUAAUGGUGAUGAUGUGGCAGUGAAUGGAUAUUGAAAUACACUGAAAAGAAUCGUGUUUGGAUACACCGGAAUACUUGUAUUUAUGCCAUGUCAGCAUGGAAGUUGUACAAAUGAUCAAAGUUAGUUAGAUGUUUGGCAUGUUAUUGGUAGUUGUACAUAUUUUACUACUAUAGAGAUUACAAGAUGUUGUAUAUGAGGAUUAUAGAACCUCACAAUUGUAAAGUGAAUGUAAAAUAACAUGGAAAGAGCAUAUAUAUUUAUUAUAAUGGCUUGUC